AGACUGGCCGCUGCAUGGGGCAGAGGGUCACCUCCUGGCAGAGCUUCACAGGAGGUGAAACUCCCGGGGGGAGCAGGGUGGAGGAAGAGGAGGGCUUGCUGCAGAAAUCAGUUGACCAGUGACACCGGGCUCAGCUGGCCUCUCUCACAAGGACAGUCCACUCCAACCUCCAGCCUGUGUCCAUGGGGAUGCCAGGCAGUCUCCAUCCCUUGUCCAGCCACCCCAGGGGCAGAAACCAACUCAUUCGUGGUGGGGUCAAGAGCACGAGGACCCUCCUCCUGAUGGCAUGCCUUUGGGGCGCAGCUGCUGACAGCCCAGGGGGGUUCCUUCGCCUGGUGGGCAGCUCUGACCACUGCGCUGGGCGAGUGGAGGUGCUCCACAACGGGACGUGGGGGACAGUGUGUGACGAUGGCUGGGGUUCCUCCGAGGGCCAGGUCGUGUGCCGGCAGCUGGGCUGUGGGACAGUACUCUCGGUGGCACCAGGAGCUCGGUACGGAGAAGGGACAGGACAGAUCUGGCUGGAUGAGGUCAACUGCACCGGUGAGGAAAGGGACCUCUCUGAAUGCCGAGCCAGACCGUGGGGGGAACACAACUGUCACCAUGUGGAGGACGCCAGCGUUGAGUGCUCAGACUCCAGCAUCACCGCCCUGGGCACCCUCCAGCUGCUCAAUGGCCCCAACCGCUGCGCUGGGAGGGUGGAGGUGCUCCACAACCACAUGUGGGGGACGGUCUGCGAUGAUGGCUGGGACCUGGUAGAUGCGGCAGUGGUGUGCCGGCAGCUGGGCUGUGGCACAGCGCUGUCAGCCACCAGUGGGGCUCACUUCGGGAGGGGCCACGAUCCCAUCUGGUUGGACGAGGUGAACUGCACCGGCACUGAGGACACCCUCUUCAACUGCCGGGCCAGCGCAUGGGGGGACAACAACUGCUUCCACGGGGAGGAUGCUGGAGUGAUAUGUUCAGCUUCGGGGGUAUCCAUGGCUGCCGAGCUCCGCCUGGCCAACGGUUCGACACACUGCGAAGGCAGGGUGGAGGUCACCCACAACGGCACCUGGGCAGCCCUGUGUGAUGAAGGCUGGGGUCUGGCUGAGGCUCGAGUGGUGUGCAGGCAGCUGGGCUGCGGGAGAGCGCUGUCGGCACCUGGCGGGUCACAUUUUGGGCAAGGACCCGGGAGAAUGUGGCCUGACAGGGUGAGCUGUGUGGGCACGGAGACUGCCUUCUCUACGUGCAACGUGAAGCCCUGGGGCAACGGCACUUGUCACCAUGGGAGAGAAGCUGGCGUUGUGUGCGCAGGUACUUCGGAGGGCGACCAGGUCCGGCUGGUGAACUAUGGCAGCCGCUGUGCUGGCAGGGUCGAGGUCUUCCAUAACAAGCGGUGGGGGACGGUGUGUGAUGACAGCUGGGACCUGCUGGAUGCCGAGGUUGUCUGCCGGCAGCUGGACUGUGGGCGAGCACUGUCAGCUCCUGGCGGGGGGCAGUUUGGGCGUGGGGACGGCAUCAUCUGGAUGGACGAGACAAACUGCACGGGGAUGGAGAACGCACUGUCCACCUGCUGGGCCCGGCCAUGGGGCAUCAAUAAUUGCUACCAUGGUGAAGAUGCUGGUGUAGUUUGCUCAGACUCAAUCAUCCCUGAGCCAGCUCAUCUCCGGCUGGCAAAUGGCUCACACCGCUGUGCUGGCAGGGUUGAGGUGCUUCACCAGGAGGAAUGGGGAGCCGUCUGCGACCGCAACUGGGAUAAGCAGGAUGCUGAGGUUGUGUGCCGGCAGCUGGGCUGUGGGAUGGCACUGCCGGCAUCAGAGGGGGUGGACUUUGGUGCUGGAUCCCUGCGUGUCUGGCUGGACAACGUCAACUGCCAGGGGACAGAGCCCACCCUUACGAAAUGCCAGGCGAGCCUGUGGGGAGAGAGCAGCUGCAGCCACGGAAAGCACGCCAGCGUGGUGUGCUCAGGCUCAGCUGUUUCCAGUUUCGCCCCAGUCCGGCUGGUGGAUGGCCCAGGUCACUGCACCGGGAGGGUCGAGGUGUUUCAUAAUGAGAAAUGGGGGACGGUGUGCGAUGACAGCUGGGACUUCGCGGAUGCCAAAGUGGUGUGCCGGCAGCUGGACUGCGGGAUGGUGAUAUCGGCUCCACGGCGGGCUCACUUCGGGCAGGGAAAGGGACCCAUCUGGCUGGACGACGUGCGCUGCAUGGGGACAGAGGCUGCCCUCUCUGAAUGCAGAGCCAAAGGCUGGGGCAUCCAUGGAUGUGAGCAUGGAGAAGAUGCCGGCGUGGUGUGCUCAGGAUCGGGCAUUUCUGACCUUGGAAACCUCCGCCUGGUGAAUGGCUCAGACUCGUGUUCCGGGAGAGUUGAAGUGUUUCACGAUCAGCGCUGGGGAGGCAUCUGCAGUGACGGCUGGGACCUGGCCGAAGCCCACGUGGUGUGUCGGCAGCUGGGCUGCGGGGCAGCGCACUCGGCUGCAGGGUCUACCCAGUAUGAGACAGGAGAUGGCCUGAUCUGGGUGGAUGCUGUGGAGUGCACCGGGAUGGAGGGGGCCCUCUUCGAAUGCAAGGUCAAGUUCUGGGGUGCCAAGAGCUGCAAGUCAAAGGGGCACGCAGGUGUCGCGUGCUCUGCAGCCGCAGACUUGGACCUGAGGAGCUUGGAAGCCCUGCGGCUAGUGAACGGCCCACACCGCUGUGCUGGGAGAGUGGAGGUCUUUCACAACCAGCAGUGGGGGACCGUCUGUGACGAUGGCUGGGACCUGAAAGAUGCGGCUGUGGUGUGCCGGCAGCUGGGCUGUGGGACAGCGGUGUCAGCCCCAGGUUUAUCUGGGUUUGGGCAAGGAUCUGGCCCCAUCUGGCUAGAUAGGGUGAGUUGCCUCGGGACAGAAGCCACCCUAGCUGAAUGCCAGGUCAAGUCUUGGGGACACCAUGCAUGUAACCACGUGGAAGACGCCAGUGUUGUGUGCUCAGGCUCGGGGAUUGACAGCAUCCCCAGGCUUCGCCUGGUGGGUGGUUGGAGUGAGUGUGCCGGGAGGGUCGAGGUGUUCUAUAAUAACGAGUGGGGGACCGUUUGUGACGACAGCUGGGACCUGAGUGACGCAGCAGUGGUCUGCCGGCAGCUGGGCUGCGGGGGGGCCGUCUCGGCCCCUGGCGCAGCUCGGUUCGGGUGGGGAUCUGGUCGCAUCUGGCUGGAUGACGUGAGCUGCACGGGGCAGGAAACCAACUUCUUUGAGUGCGGAGCCAAGAUGUGGGGUGUCCACAACUGCCGCCAUGGGGAGGAUGCCAGCGUGGUGUGCGCAGCAGGCAACUUCAGCUCAGCCGACCUGCGGCUGGUGAAUGGGCCACACCGCUGCGCUGGGAGGGUGGAGGUGCUCCACAUUGGGCAGUGGGGGACAGUCUGCGACGAUGCCUGGGACCUGAAUGAUGCAGCGGUGGUCUGCAGGCAGCUGGGCUGUGGCAGAGCUCAGGCAGCCCCCAGCCGGGCUCACUUCGGGCAGGGGACGGGGCAGAUCUGGCUGGAUGAGGUGGCCUGCACCGGCAGCGAGGAUGCCCUCGCCCACUGCCAAGCUCGUCCCUGGGGACAGAGUAACUGCAACCAUAGAGAAGACGCUGGUGUGGUGUGCUCAGACACCAGCACAACCAACACAACGACUGUCCGGCUUGUGGAUGGCCCGCAUCGCUGCGCUGGGAGGGUGGAGGUCUUUCACAACCAGCAAUGGGGGACCGUCUGCGACGACAGCUGGGAUCUGAGCGACGCGACAGUGGUCUGCCGGCAGCUGGGCUGUGGGGCAGCCAUCGCAGCCCCCACAGGGGCUGCCUUCGGGCGGGGGCUGAAUCCCAUCUGGUUGGACAGGGUUGCCUGCAUUGGGAGGGAAAGCACCCUUGUGGAGUGUCGGGCCAGGCCUUGGGGAAUCAACGGGUGCACCCAUGAAGAGGAUGCUGGCGUGGUCUGCUCAGACCUGGCCAGGGCAGAGGUGGCAGAGGUCCGCCUGGCAGAAGGACCAAACCACUGCGCUGGGAGGGUGGAGGUGCUCCACGCUGGGCAGUGGGGGACGGUCUGCGACGACAGCUGGGACCUGAACGACGCGACAGUAGUCUGCAGGCAGCUGGGCUGCGGCAGGGCUGUGACGGCCCCCAGCCGGGCUCACUUCGGGCAGGGGACGGGGCAGAUCUGGCUGGACGACACAAGCUGCACCGGGAGUGAAGACAACCUCGCCCAGUGCCGAGCUCAUGCCUGGGGACAGACCAACUGCAACCACGGAGAAGACGCUGGCGUGGUGUGCUCGGAUGCCAACAUCACGGAGACGCUGACACAGGUCCGCUUGGCCGAUGGCCCGAACCGCUGCGCUGGGAGAGUGGAGGUGCUUCACCAACGGCAGUGGGGGACCAUCUGCGAUGACGGCUGGGAUUUGAAGGAUGCCAAAGUGGUCUGCCGGCAGCUGGGCUGCGGGACAGCCGUGUCAGCCCUGGGCCAAGCUCACUUCGGGCACGGGUCGGAUCCCAUCUGGCUGGAUGACGUGGAGUGCACCGGCAUGGAGACCACCUUCUCCCAGUGCAGCCUUAGCGGCUGGGGAGUCCAUAACUGCAACCACGAGGAAGACGCAGGAGUCGUGUGCUCAGGCACAAACCCCUUGCAGGUGCGGGUGCAGGACGGUUCCAGUCCCUGUGCGGGGCGGGUGGAGGUGCUCUACAACGCUACCUGGCACGGGGUGUGCAGCAGCGGCUGGAGCUUGCUGGAAGCUGAGGUGGUCUGCAGGCAGCUGGGCUGUGGGCCAGCCCAGUCGGCGCAUUUCGGAGCCCAGCUCAGCCGGGGGGAUGGCCGUGCCUUGCUGGAGGGGCUGAGCUGCCGGGGGACAGAGUCACUGCUCCUGGAGUGCCAGCAGAGAGAGAUGGGUCCAGGGCCAUGCAGGCACGGCUCAACAGCCGGCGUGGUGUGCACAAAGCCAAAGGGUGCUUCACCAUCCUGCUCGGUGCUGAUAGUGCUGCUGGCCCUGGUGAUGCUGCUGAGCGGGGCCCUGCUGUGGCUUAACCUGAAGAGGAGAUGCAUGGCAGCAGCCCAGGCUGGAGCCCACCGGCACCCUGGGGACCAGAGCACUGCAGCAACAUCCUUCCAGCCCAUGGGAUCCAUCUACCUCCCCACCAAGGCAGAAGUCUUUGAAGACGCUGACACUGAGACAACGCAGCUCAUGAAGGAAGACACUGCCCCAUGAUGCCAGCCCCACCAAGCUCGUGCCACAGGGAUUGCACCAGGCUCCCGCUGUCCCCGCUUCUCCCUAAUCCGCUUUCCCGCAGGCUGCAAAGCAGCAGCUGAUGGGCAGGACAUUCGGAAAACAGCCGGUACCAAUGACGCAUCAGGAGCCCCAAAAUAGCCGGCCAAGGCAGGGUCUCCCAGUCUGGUGAUGUUUAUUUAACCCACCUCGGCACCAUCCGGGCAGCCCCUGUGGCUCCGGAGGAGCCUGAUGAACCUGGCGGCCGGCACAAGGCUGAGCUAACGGAGCAGAAGAAGGGGUGCAAAUGAUUAAAAGGGGAUCCCCAACCCUC